GUGAAAUUGUUUUCUUUUUUAUUUUCUUAAUUACGUAGUUGUACUUAGUGAUUUGAUGACUAAUUUGUUGUAAGAUUGCUGACUUAGUACGAGUAGUCGAGAUAUAGGGUUUAAAUUGAUUGCGUUUACUAUUAAAGAUGAAAUAUGAUGGAAUUGUUGAAUUGAUGCAAAACAGAAAUUAAAAACUAGAGCAUUGGUGUAUUACAGAAUUAUACUCUAGUAGCCACACUAUCAUCCAUUUGGAGUUGGUUACCAGAAUCUUGUUUUACCAUUCAAUUGGGUUAGGAUCAUUAUUUCACUACCAUGGGAAGGAGACUCAUGUCUGCGCUAUUACAGCAUGAGUGAGUUGAUUAAGAUGAAUUUUUUACAAGACGAUGAAUAUAUAGUGUAGCUAUUAGUGUAUGAUUAAUAUAUUAAUAAAAUCUGAAGGAACUACUACAGCACUACAAGGGGGAUUGAUUACAACAUCUAAACAUUGAGAGAAGCAAUGUUACUUUUGUGUGUGUGUGUGUCAGUUUGUGUAUGAGAGUGAGAGAGAGAGAGAGAGAGAGAGGGAGAGAGAGAGAGGUUUAUUUAUCUUUUAAUAAAUCCAAAUGUUGUUAUAUGAAGUUACUCUAUUCAUCUGAUUCAUGUACAAAGUUUAGGUGAUUGAGUGAUAGAAGUGAGUUUUGAUGCUCUCUUAUAAUACUGAUUGAAAUCAGAAUAAAUCUUGACAACCUAGGUUUCUUAGGUGUGAGGUUACAAAUAAAUAAAAAAAAAAGUUUAUUCCUUGUGGAGUUCAGGCUGGCUGGGGGAACUAUGAUCACUGUUACUCAUACUCAACAGGGGCGGACCAAUGAAGGGACUAUUAAAUGAUUUUGUUAAGUGCCUCUAAUUUAGUCUUGAGUUUUGAAUAUUUGAAAUCUGGCCCCUCAAAAUUUUAAAAGAUUUUGUUAAGUACCCUAAAUUAAGUGUUUAAUUUUGAAUGUUUGAAAUCUGGUCCCCUAAACCAAACCCACAUAAUAAUAGCCUAGAUGGUGACAGAACUCUCGUAACACGUGGCCUCAAACCUAUUUAAAUAUAUCUUCCAUACUUUAUAUACAUACUAUUAAACCUCAAUUUAUAUCAACUAAUUUCCAAUGCAUCAUAUCUGAUAUACACAAUAUCAAAACCUAUAUAUAUUAGUAUGUGCAUUUUUAUUUUAUCUUUAUGUUUUGUGAAUACAUUGCUUAAUUGGUCAUUUUUCUCGAUCUUUUCAUAUUUGUUACCCUUAAGCUAAGAAGCACGGAUACGGAACACGGAAACAACAUGACACGGAUACGGCGACAUGACAAAUCCUAAACAAUUAGGACACGGAUACAGCGAGGACACGACAAAUAAAAAAUAUAUUUUCUAUAUAUAUGAUGUUGUACUUUAAGAAAUUAAGAGUAAUAUUAUUUUUUACAAUCUUAUAAUGAAAAAAAAAUUUGUGUUUUUAAGAAAGAAUGAUAGAAAGAGGGUUAAGAAAGAGAAAAAAAAAAAAAAAAAAACAAAGAGACAAAGAGGAUUACGGUUUUUUUUUUAAAAAAUGAAUUAGGCCUUAGUUAAAAAUAAAGGUAAGAAUCCAUAGAAGAGAAAAAAAGUUCGCGGGGAAUAGAGGAAAAAGGAAAGAGAGACAAAAAGAAAUUUAUUAUGAAAGGAAAAGAAGAAGUAUUUAGGGUUUGUGAAGAACAAGAAGAAAGAAAGGAGGAGGACGAAUAAUAAGAGAAAAAAGAGGAGAAAGAGAUAGAGAGACCAUUCACCGGUAGCGAAGCUUGGUUGGUGGGACAACAAGAGAGUCAAAGAUGAUCGUGCAAGGGUUCGAACCUUUGAACUAAAAUAUAAGAAUAAAUAUCUAAUUGUUUGAAUAUAAAGUUGUUUUAUGAAACAAUAAGUUUUAAAGUAAUUAUGUAAUUAAACAACUCCUAAUAUUUACACUCCAACUCAACAUUGUUCUAAAACUUUCUUAAAAAUCCCCAAAGAGUGGGACACGCGUGUUGGACACGUAUCCAUGGCGUGUCAGAAGCGUGUCCGAAUAUUCGAAAGAAUAUAAAAUAUUCGGACAUGUAUUUUGGCAUGUCCGACACGUGUCGGGGCAUGUCUGGCGCGUGUCCGACAUGGAUUCUUUGCCCUUUUAGGUGUGUCCGUACUUUCUAGCACUGAAAUCAAUAAUUUGUUUCUUAAUUUAAUUUUUUUUCCAAACCACAAGACCACAUUUUUUAUUUUAUUUAUUUAUUUAUUUUUCUGAUAAGUCACAAGACCACUUUCUUUUAUAUGCAUGUUCUGAUUUUUCUCAGCUUAGCUCGUGUUAGAUCGAUUUAUCUGAACUUCUUAGUUUAGCUUGUGUCAAAUUUUCCAAACGUCCUUUUCUUAAUUAAUUCCUUAUGACGUGCUUUUAUUCAUUGAUAAAUUCUUGAUGCCAUGCGCAUCGUGUAAAUUUUUUGAAUUAGGUUGAUGUUUUUUAUUUGAUAUGUUUUGUGUAAAUGAUGGGGAACGGGAUAUGAUUCGAAUACAUGAGUUGCACAUGCUUCAACAUUACUUUUGGAGAAGAGGGAAAGAGAACUAAAAUUGGGGAUUUUAGUGAUUUAGGGUUUUAUUUAUGCUUACUGUUAUUUUGAUAAUGUUUGAAGUUUAGGGUUACUUUGGCAUUUUUAUGUUUUAGGGUUUGCUUUAUAAUUUGCUUAUUUAAAGGGUCCUUUGUAAUUUGAGAACUCAAAUUUUGGAUAAUAUUGAUUAUCGUUUUCUUUGAGUCUCUCUCUGUAUUCUAUUGUUUCUCUCAUUUAUGUUCUUGCUUUUCUCACCCAUUCAAUCUAUCCUGCCUAUCUAUUCACUCUGUUCUCACCCCCUUUCGUCUAUUUUCUCAUCCCCUUCUUCUAGUCUAUCUAUUCUUCUAUUUUCUCAUCCCUUUCUUUCUUUCUGGUUACUUGUCCUGCGUCAAUUGAUAUUAGAGCAAAACGAUCAAGUUUAGUUCAGAGCGAAAGAUCCGAGUUAAAGCAAAAGAAUCUAACCACAGAUCUAAGUGGUCCUAGCAUUCUGUUCACAAACCAAAACACACAUUUCAUCAUACAACCAAUUACAGCCAACCCACUGUACUGUGAACCAGGAACAAAACAUCAGCCUACCCAUACCCUAACAAUACCCAUACAUUACUGUUCAUCAACUCACAACCCCAAACCCAUCAUCCGAUAGAUUGACACCAAACCACCAACCGCCACCCUUACCCCACCAGACCAAAACCAUCAAUCGAAGACUCAAAACCCAAUCUCGCCAAAACCUGAAAUCAGAGAAGCAACCAUCGCCGGAAACCCAAACCUCAACCAUUCGCCUAACAAAAACAGGAAAAAAAGAUGAAAAGAGAAGAAGAUCAUUAGGGGAACUAGUUGUCACCGGAAUCGUGUCUGUAUCAGUUUGGUACUUCAAUAGCCACAUCGUUCGAAAACAUCACAGAUAGUCGUUGCUGGAGUUUUCCCUUGUCGCCGGCAUUUCUUGUUGUCUGGUUUGCAACUUUGCAUCAUCGUUGGAUUUCUCAUUGCCAACGAUUGUCGCAUCUUCCUGCCAGUCGAUCACCAAACAGUCUUCAACAGAGUUUGCCGUCAAUUUCGUCGCCUCAUCAUCACCGAGACUUUCUGAUCAUUGCUGCCGGUCAGAAUUCAGUGUUUGAUUUUGGGAAGUAUAAUUUAAUUUAGCUCAUCUUCGCCAUUUUGGAAAGUCAACUUUGGAUUAUUGCAAUCUUUGAGAUCGUUAUUGGCACCAAAAUUUCAGCGCCACUGAUUUUGGAAAGUCAACUUUGGAUUAUUGCAAUAUUGUCACCAAAAUUUCAGCGCUACUGAUUUUGGAAAGUCAACUUUAGAUUAUCCAAGGUUUGGAAAGUCCAGAUUUGGGGUAUUUACAAAAAGAUUCAACUUACAACUGGACUAACAAAAAAAAAAAAAGGCAGCAGCCCAGGGUCUGGAUCCAAACUGAUUAUUUUUGGCCCAACCCAAGUUCAAUCCAACCUGGUAUUUUAACCCAAAACCAGAUCAGAGCCCAGCAGCUAUUUAAAUCAGUUCAGCCCUGUUUGGAUACAAUUGCAAGCCCAGCUCAGUUUCAGAACCAGAAAAGAGUAGAAUCUGUCCAUACUUCAGUCUUUGGAGCAACUUUGGAGCCAUCUUUGUUGGGGUAGCUACUUCAUACUUUGGUAAAGUGAAGAUUCUGGUGAUGAAUUGGAAGCUCUAGAUUAAUAUGACUUUUUCGGACAAGGCAGAUCAGAAGGCGGUUAUUGAUUCAGCCGCAUGGUUGUUCAAUGUCGUUACUUCUGUUGGAAUUAUUAUGGUCAAUAAAGCCUUAAUGGCUACAUAUGGUUUCAGUUUUGCUACAACUUUAACCGGUCUGCAUUUUGCCACAACCACCUUGAUGACUGUUGUUCUUAGAUGGCUGGGUUAUAUUCAACCUUCCCAUCUACCAUUAACUGAGCUUCUGAAAUUUGUUUUGUUCGCAAACUUCUCUAUCGUGGGAAUGAAUGUGAGUUUAAUGUGGAAUUCUGUGGGAUUUUAUCAGAUUGCGAAGCUGAGCAUGAUUCCUGUAUCUUGUGUCCUGGAAGUUGUUUUGGAUAAGAUGCGAUACUCGAGGGACACUAAGCUUAGCAUAACAUUAGUUCUCCUUGGUGUUGCAGUCUGCACUGUUACUGAUGUGAGCGUCAAUGCCAAGGGUUUUAUUGCUGCCCUUGUGGCAGUUUGGAGCACUUCUCUGCAGCAAUAUUAUGUACAUAUGCUUCAACGAAAGUAUUCACUAGGAUCUUUCAACUUAUUAGGGCAUACUGCUCCAAUACAGGCUGCAUCCCUGCUGCUACUAGGGCCCUUUCUGGACUAUUGGUUGACAAAUAAAAGGGUUGAUGCCUAUGAAUAUAGUUUCGUAUCUGUGUUGCUCAUGGUCAUAUCAUGCACCAUUGCUAUUGGGACCAAUCUCAGCCAAUUCAUCUGCAUUGGAAGAUUCACGGCAGUAUCCUUCCAAGUGCUUGGCCAUAUGAAGACUGUUCUUGUCCUGAUUUUAGGAUUCAUUUUCUUCGGGAAAGAGGGUCUUAAUCUGCAAUUAGUUCUAGGUAUGAUCAUUGCAAUAGCAGGAAUGAUUUGGUAUGGGAAUGUUUCAUCUAAGCCCGGAGGAAAAGAACGUUUGAACUAUUCGACUCCAAUCAACAAACCUCUGAAACAGAAUGGAUUAUCCGAAUCCAGUGAGCUUGACGAAAAAGUCUAAUUUACUGUAAUAUAGAAAUAUAGCAAAAGAGGAGCAUUCAGUUCAGAUAAUUUGAGAAGCCCCUAUACAAUGAAAGGUCAGAUUCAUUAUAUGUUAAAGCUCAAACUAUUGUUUCUUUAUUUACAAUUUUAUAUCAUUCAAAGUUGUAAAUAUCAGUUCUUGAAUUAUUUGAGUAAAUAAAUACUGUUGAAUA